AUGUAGAAUCGUCUUGCUCAAUUUGGUUAACAAUCAAUAAUUCCAAUUUAAGCUACUGGAAAGUAUGGUGAUUAAUUUUUUGAUUUGCCUUAAGUUAAGCCUUUUUCUCUUAAAUUAUUGAAAGCUAAAGGAAGGCCUAACUAAAAUCCAUUUAAAAAGAAUAUAAGAGAUGAAAUCAAUUCUAAAGAAAUUGAUAUGGAUAAACCUUUUUUUGAAGUUUUUAAUCAUCCAAAUCAAAAUUAUUUAAAGAUCAUAAAUUCUGAAGAAUUAAGACCUUAGAUAAUAUAUUAUUAUCAUUCUCCUAAUAUAUCAUAGAAUGAAUAAGUAAUAGUAGAUAAAGAUAAUGCUGAUUUAGUAGAAAGAGCAAUUAAAAAUUAACAUGCUGAUAUUAGAAAAUUAGAAGUAAUUUAAUAAAGGAUAUUAUUAAAAGAGAAACUAUAAAAGGAGAUUAAAUAAGAAAUGUAGAAGAAAUUCAAAUAAAAAUAGGAAUAAGAGGAUGAUAUAAAAUUACCCUCUUAAAAUCUAAAUUUUAAUUAUAGCAGCAAUUUUAUUGCACAAAAACCUUAAAAUUAUGAUUAAGCUCUUCAACAAUCAAAGAGUUAAAUUACUUUGUAAUCCUAAUUUAAAGAUAUUUAAGAAAGUUUGUAUGAGCUUUAAAGAAUUUAAGAAUAAAAUAAACAAAAAGAAAUACUGAAGAAAUAACAAGAGGAAGAGUCCUUUAAAUAGAAAAUAGAAUCAGUUUAAAGGUAUGGUUACAAAAACUGGAAAUGCUCAUCUUAAGAAUUAAGAGCUUUAAUCUAAAAGGAUAAAUUAAAGAAACAUAUUUGA